AUGUCAGUUCUUCACCUUCUUUUUGGAACGACAUGGGGCAUUUUGUUCCAACUAUGCCUACUCUCUCUUUGCAUUGUAGCCGGAGUGAUGCUUUAUUAUGCCAUCUGUCAUUUUGAAAGAGGUAAUGAAAAUUAUGUCAUAGAAAACAAUACAGUUCAAGUUGACCCUGUUCCAGUGUACGCAUAUAAGCCAGCUUUGUGCACCCCUCGCCAAGGAGAAAACUAUGGCAGAGAUGUUUUGCUUGUCUACCCACAGAACAGCCAUCAGCUUUAUUCUGUCUACACUCACGAGGGUUCGCAAAACAAACAACAAACAAAUCACGAAAAUCAAGUUCAAGUUUAA